AUGGAUCAGGUGCGGGUGUCACGCUCACUUCAGAACCAGCCGGUAGAAUCCUUUUCGACAAGUAAUCGUCCCUAUCAUGGUUCCACAAACUGGACAAGCCGCAGUGACGUGGCAACUGUCCGUCUGAGAAGGACGGAGAAAACGUCUGAGUAUUACCGAGAAGAAGAAGAAGAAGAAGAAGAAGACGAGGAGGUACAGGAGGACAGCAUGGACAUUUCCCCGCUCUCUGUCCCCAGACAACAAUUUGACAAUCUGACCCUUGAUUCACCCUCGGUACAGCAGAGGAAGCGCUCUAAGACCCGCAUAAGUCGUUUUAGUCCAACCCAACUUGUCAAAUUCCACAAUUUGACCCUCAAUACUCCAAACUCGGAACAGAGGCAGCCAUUGGAGGAAGCUAACAAAUAUGGGUUCAAAACUCCCAAACGGAAAAGACAUUUGAGUCCAAGCCUUAACACCAACCCAGAAAUAUCUAGUGAUCCUCAGAAGCAUGGAGGCUGCAAACGGAGUAGAACAAACAGGUCCAUGUCCUGGCAUUUUGGCCAUCCUGAAGAGUCUCCUGACAGAAGCCAAGUUAAAGAAAUUCCAGAAAAUCUAGAAGCUGAUGGAUUCCCCUUCUUUAUCAAGUCCAUGAUACGAUCAAAUAUUGCUGUUUGCUUUAUGUUGACACUGCCUAGGAAAUUCUGCCACUUGCAUUUACCUUUGUAUGGCACAGCAACUAUCACAUUGGAAGAUAAAGAAGGGAAAGAGUUUGAAACAAAUUUUCUUGCCGACAAAAGGGCGCUUAGUGGUGGAUGGAAAGGGUUUUGUCAAGCAAAAGACUUGCGUCUUGAUGAUGUUCUAGUUUUCCAGUUGGUUAGCCCUUUGAAGUUUAAGGUGCACAAAUUGAGACCAGACUAUGAUCUAAAUGAAGAAGAUGUAGAUGCAGCUUUUGUCCUCUUGAAAAUGAGUACCUCUGAACAAACCUUGUUAGAGGAAGACCCUCCGACGCCUCAUCCAAGGGAUGUUUUCCACGGCAAUAUUCGAGAGAUAUGUCUAAUACCAGAUUUAAAUGUUGAGCUUGUAGAUGAUGAUGAGACUGAGGAUCGGAUUACAAAGACGAUAAAUUUGGCUCCAAUUCUACAGGGUGGUGGAUUUGAUCUAGCCAGGACAAGCUGCUGA